GGGUGAGUGACAGCGGCCUCCAUCACCCCGCCCCUUUAUUUAUUAAGCGCUUACUACGUGCAGGGCACUGUGCUAAGCGCUUGGAGGAGGUAAAGCAGGCCCUUCCCCCGUCCUAAAGAAGAAAGGGACGUGGACAGUUCAUCUGGGCCACCCCCCUGCCCAGGAGCACUGUACUAAGCGCUGGGGGAGAGACAGCGUCAUCAUUCAGCAUUCAGGAGCCAUAUUUUGCAGAGCAUGUCGGGAAGUUUCUAUUUUGUGAUUGUUGGUCACCAUGAUAAUCCAGUUUUUGAAAUGGAAUUUUUGCCUGCUGGGAAAGUGGAAUCCAAGGAUGAUCACCGUCAUUUGAAUCAGUUCAUAGCACAUGCUGCCCUUGACCUUGUAGAUGAAAAUAUGUGGUUGUCUAACAACAUGUACCUGAAAACGGUGGACAAAUUCAACGAGUGGUUUGUUUCCGCUUUUGUUACUGCAGGUCAUAUGAGAUUCAUUAUGCUUCAUGAUGUAAGGCAAGAAGAUGGAAUAAAAAACUUCUUCAGUGAUGUUUAUGAUUUAUAUAUCAAGUUUGCAAUGAAUCCAUUCUAUGAACCGAAUUCUCCAAUUCGAUCAAGUGCAUUUGAUAGAAAAGUCCAGUUUCUUGGGAAGAAACAUCUUUUAAGCUGAUUCCAGAAGACUUCUUGAUGUGUGCAUUGUAAUUGACUCAAUAGCCUCGUAUCUGUUCCACUAUCACAGUAAAUACAUUCUAGGAAAAAAAAGAGCUUUCUAUCUCUUUAAAAAGUGGGCUGUCGUUUUUUUUUUCUGCUGGCAGAAAAGUCACAUCAACUCCUGCUUGUGAAGAAUAUAUUUCUAAAGGCCUAUAUUUAUCGAGUACCAUUGAGUGUUUCUUUUAUUGUACAGAUUGUCGUGUAUCUGUCUAGUUUGACCCCAGAUUUUCAGGUUUGGGGUUUUUGAUGUGGGACCCAGUUUGAUAAAUUGGAUUGAGAGAAAUGUAUAGGACAAUUGAAAAUAUUGUUUCUCUAAUGAAAAAUAAAAUGUAGUUAACAUUU